AUGAAUACAACAUUUUCAAAUCAAAUAUUGUAUAAUAUAAUAAGACAUGUUGAAGAUAAUUUAGACAAGGUGUGCAUGUUGAUGACAUGUAAAGCAUUGUUUGCAAUUAGAGAUAAUGUACAAUUUAAAGUGUUUAAUGAAGAGUCUGAUGAUGAUUUGGAGAGACACUAUCAGAACCAAUAUGAUCAUAUGGGUGCUGCUAUUACAACACCAAUGAAUAUGUUAAAAGGUGCUUAUUACAACUCUUCCAAACAUGUUAUGACCAAUCCUAUAGAUACAUCGAUGAAAACAACAAAACCAACAAUUGUUAUUUAUAAUGGAGAAAGAUUGGAAAUUGGAAAGAUACCUUGUACGGUGGAACGUGUCAUUUUAAAUGCUUUGGAUAGUGGUACAUCUAUUUCAAAUGGUAUUGUUCCUGAAAGUGUAAAGGUUCUGUGUAUUGGUGGAAGGUUUAAUGGAAAGAUAGAAGGGAAUGGAGCGUUGCCAAAGGGAUUAAAAAGGUUAGAGUUGAGCAACAGCUUUAAUCAAUCGUUUGCUGCUAAUACUUUGCCAGACACAUUGGAAUCAUUGAGACUUGGAGGAGCGUACAAUUCAGCGAUCUAUGUACACCCAAGUCGGUGCACUCUGCCAUCACAACUUGUGCACUUGGAGUUUGGUGUGAGUUUUAAUAAACCACUGCCCCCUGGUGCACUCCCUGCAACACUCAAGAGUGUAGUGUUUGGCGAUAGAUUUGACAUGCCAUUGUUGGUGGGGUCGCUACCCGCAGGACUGGAAUCACUCACGUUUAAAGACUAUUAUCGUGCGAUUGACAAGGGUGUGCUGCCACCCAACCUCUUGCAUUAUGAGGGUAGUGGGGUACUCGAGGAACGUCUGCCAUCAUCGCUCGUAUCAGUAUCGAUUGAUAUGAACCAGUCGACGCUGGGAAUUGGUAUUCUCCAAGGUCUGACUAAACUAGAGACUCUGUCAAUUGGCAUGUACGUCCCACAGGACCGCCAAACAACCAAUCUUAUCAUCCCACGAUGCUGUACAUCGCUCACACACCUCUCCAUCUCAUCGGCUGCCGCGACCAUUGAGAAUGCCAUCCCACCGUCGGUCACCUCACUCUCCCUUUUCCUUCGCUACUCUGCCCAUCCACCACUCAAUGCGACCACAGCCUACUACCUACCACCCAACCUCAAAUCGAUCGACUAUACCCAAUGCUCGGUCACUGCACCUCCCCAUCUACUCGGCCUACCACAAUCACUCGAGCAACUCUAUCUCCCACGCGAUUACAACCAUCCACUCGACCAACUCAACCUUCCAAAUCUCACUCACCUCCAAACCAACACCUCUUAUCCCAUACCCCAUUUUCCAAAGUUACAAUAUCUCAAGAUGAGUCGUCUGCCGCCAGUUGAACAACAACAAAUUAGUCUUCCUCCAACUAUCCAAGAAUUGGAACUAUCUCCACUCUACUCUACGCAGGAAUACAUUUAUCUUCCAACACCACUUCCAGAAUCAUGUAAAACACUCACUCUUUGCGACACCAAACUUCGCAUUCCACCUGGAACAUUCACCAAACACCUAUCAACCAUUAAAAUAACCACCGAUAAACCAUAUGGUCUACCUUCAAGUCAACAAAUCAAUAUACGUAGGCUAGACAAUGACUAUUUAAUAUUCAUGUGGAAAGGUUCAGUUUGUGGCGGUGGUAUCAUUCAUCAAAAUCAAUUUGAUCAAUCUAAAAUUCAAGAUUUAAUAAAGCUUUAA